AUGUCUGACGACGAUUCAGCACAAGACGUCGCUUUCGGUUCUAAGGCCGAUCAAUUGGCCGCAGGACAAGGCUUGGCGCAAGGAGCAGCUGAUUCGGACAUCUACGUCGGAGACAAGGACUACGGCGGCGAUGUGAGCAAGACCAUGUUCGUUCCUGGAUCCAUUGCACUCGGCGCGGGAGCACUCGGAAAGGCAAUGGGACAGGGACAUCCUUAUGGUGGACCCGGACCAUAUUACGGAGGCGCGGAAGGUUACGGUGCAGCCAAGCAGGGCAUCGUCAUCGAUGGCGGCUCAUUCAUCACUGAAACCUACGACGAUGGAGCAUCGGACGGAGUCGUAAAGGCUGGCAUGGGAUCCGACAACUUGGCUGCAGGCCAAGGCCUCGCCCAAGGCGCUCAAGGCGCCGACGCUCUCGUUGCUGGAGGCAAGAAGGGCGGCAAGAUGAGCAAGACCGUCUUCCAACCUGGUCAAACCGUACUCGGCGCAGGAGUUGGUGCUGGUUCAGCUUACGAUCACGCCUACCCACAUGGUUACUUUGGCGGCAUGCACGGAGCAGCUGGACACGCGGCAGCCGACUCUGGCAUCGUAAUCCAAGGUGGCGCUUACGAAACCAUCACCAUGUCUGACGACGAUUCAGCACAAGACGUCGCUUUCGGUUCCAAGGCCGAUCAGCUUGCAGCUAUUUUUGGCAAAGCUGCAUCUAGUAGUAAGUCAGGGUUAUCAGCAAAGCCAAAAGCUUCUAAGGGUGGGUAUUCUAAAAAUCAGUUCUCACUUGGCGGUUUGACCAUUGGAGCAGGCGUGAUAGGAGGUGGUCAAAGUAUGUUUGAUGGCUUUUCUCCGUUCACUGGUUACCCCGGCCAAUCCAUGUCAUCUGGUGUAGCUGACACGGGAUUGCUGCUUAGUGGCGAUUCCUUUAAAUCACUUCUUGCUGACGACUCCUCCUCGUCUUCUGACAUUGCUUUAAGAUCGAAAAGUUCUUCUGGUGCUAUAGAAAGGGCGUUGGGGGGUACCGAUAACGCUCUUUCGUUUAUUUCUGAAGCCAGCAUAUGCAUUGAUGCUUCUGGUCGUGAACGUUGCUUCGGUGAUUCCUGGAUCGAUUUCAGUGACGAAUGUAGUUCUUGCACGUGUACCGACGUUGGUAAAAUUAGCUGUUCUGUGAAAGAGUGUCCAGCCAAACCCCUUAAAAAAGAAGGUUUCCGUAUUGUUGAAAGUUCGAAAGACGCAUGCUGCAUCAACUACAUGCAAGUCCCUACAGAAUGUGAUACAUCAUCCUGUCCAUAUACCGUCCCUACAUGUCAAAUAUAUGAAGAACUUGCCACUUACUCACUUGAUGACUGCUGUUCAACAUACGAGUGCAAGUGUAACCCCUCGUUAUGUCCUAAACUUGGCAGUCCACCAUGCCCGGUUGGAUGUGUCCGAAUUGUAAUGGAUUCCGACGAAUGUUGUCCAGUUGGAAAAUGUGUCAAGAACGUCGAAACUGACUUGUUUGCUGGAAUGGAGAAACAUAUUAACAUGGAGCCACAAGGCCUGUUACACAGUAUCCAAACCGAAGACGAUAAGGAUGCUUCUGUCACUUUAAGCUCCAAGAUCGGUUCAGCAGCACAAGGAUCAGCAGCUUCUGGAGCAAACUCUCUUAGUGCCCUAAAGAUAAUUACAGAAGCUGCCAUGUGUAUCGACUACCAAGGAAAAGAAAGAAACUAUGGUGACACAUGGUUUCAGCAUUCUGAAACUUGUCAACUCUGCUCAUGUGCCGACAACGCUGAUGUGAGAUGUGAGACCAGAAAUUGUGACCCAUACCCGGUAGCGCCUGAAGGAUUCGUUAUUGUUGAAGAAAAGGCAGACGAAUGCUGUUAUAACUACAGAGUGGUUGCGGCAGAGUGCGAAGUAUUGAACUGUCCGUACAAAGCAACCAUUUGCGAAUACUAUGAAGACUUGGUGACGUAUCCAAUAGACGAGUGUUGCUGUACAUACGAAUGCAAGUGCAACACAGCUAAAUGUAGCAAGUUAGGAAAUCCUACUUGUCCACACGGAACAGAACGAAUGGUAAUUGAAGACGACGCAUGUUGCCCGGUGGGAAAAUGCGUAGAGAUAAAGCUGGAAAUGGAGGCACAAGCCGACUCCAACGUAGGUUACGCAGCAAAUGCAAUGACACAUAGAAUUGAAGAAACAGGGGGUGAAGAGAAUGGAUUUGGCUUGAAUAAUUAUUUGGAAAAUAAUGCAUUAACACACGUAUAUGGAGAAAGUACUCAAGGCGCCGAUGCUCUCGUUGCUGGAGGCAAGGUGGGCGGCAAGGUGAGCAAGACCGUCUUCCAACCUGGUCAAACCGUACUCGGCGCAGGUGCCGCUGCAGGUGCAGGCCACGAACAAGCCUACCCAUACGGAUACUUUGGCGGCAAGCACGGAGCAGCUGGACACGCGGCAGCCGACUCUGGCAUCGUAAUCCAAGGUGGCGCUUACGAAACCAUCACCAUGUCUGACGACGAUUCAGCACAAGACGUCGCUUUCGGUUCCAAGGCCGAUCAAUUGGCCGCAGGACAAGGCUUGGCGCAAGGAGCAGCUGAUUCGGACAUCUACGUCGGAGACAAGGACUACGGCGGCGAUGUGAGCAAGACCAUGUUCGUUCCUGGAUCCAUUGCACUCGGCGCGGGAGCACUCGGAAAGGCAAUGGGACAGGGACAUCCUUAUGGUGGACCCGGACCAUACUACGGAGGCGCGGAAGGUUACGGUGCCGCCAAGCAGGGCAUCGUCAUCGAUGGCGGCUCAUUCAUCACUGAAACUUACGACGAUGGAGCAUCGGACGGAGUCGUAAAGGCUGGCAUGGGAUCCGACAACUUGGCUGCAGGCCAAGGCCUCGCCCAAGGCGCUCAAGGCGCCGACGCUCUCGUUGCUGGAGGCAAGAAGGGCGGCAAGGUGAGCAAGACCGUCUUCCAACCUGGUCAAACCGUACUCGGCGCAGGUGCCGCUGCAGGUGCAGGCCACGAACAAGUCUACCCAUACGGAUACUUUGGCGGCAAGCACGGAGCAGCUGGACACGCGGCAGCCGACUCUGGCAUCGUAAUCCAAGGUGGCGCUUACGAAACCAUCACCAUGUCUGACGACGAUUCAGCACAAGACGUCGCUUUCGGUUCCAAGGCCGAUCAAUUGGCCGCAGGACAAGGCUUGGCGCAAGGAGCAGCUGAUUCGGACAUCUACGUCGGAGACAAGGACUACGGCGGCGAUGUGAGCAAGACCAUGUUCGUUCCUGGAUCCAUUGCACUCGGCGCGGGAGCACUCGGAAAGGUAAUGGGACAGGGACAUCCUUAUGGUGGACCCGGACCAUACUACGGAGGCGCGGAAGGUUACGGUGCAGCCAAGCAGGGCAUCGUCAUCGAUGGCGGCUCAUUCAUCACUGAAACUUACGACGAUGGAGCAUCGGACGGAGUCGUAAAGGCUGGCAUGGGAUCCGACUACUUGGCUGCAGGCCAAGGCCUCGCCCAAGGCGCUCAAGGCGCCGACGCUCUCGUUGCUGGAGGCAAGAAGGGCGGCAAGGUGAGCAAGACCGUCUUCCAACCUGGUCAAACCGUACUCGGCGCAGGUGCCGCUGCAGGUGCAGGCCACGAACAAGCCUACCCAUACGGAUACUUUGGCGGCAAGCACGGAGCAGCUGGACACGCGGCAGCCGACUCUGGCAUCGUAAUCCAAGGUGGCGCUUACGAAACCAUCACCAUGUCUGACGACGAUUCAGCACAAGACGUCGCUUUCGGUUCCAAGGCCGAUCAAUUGGCCGCAGGACAAGGCUUGGCGCAAGGAGCAGCUGAUUCGGACAUCUACGUCGGAGACAAGGACUACGGCGGCGAUGUGAGCAAGACCAUGUUCGUUCCUGGAUCCAUUGCACUCGGCGCGGGAGCACUCGGAAAGGCAAUGGGACAGGGACAUCCUUAUGGUGGACCCGGACCAUACUACGGAGGCGCGGAAAGUUACGGUGCAGCCAAGCAGGGCAUCGUCAUCGAUGGCGGCUCAUUCAUCACUGAAACUUACGACGAUGGAGCAUCGGACGGAGUCGUAAAGGCUGGCAUGGGAUCCGACAACUUGGCUGCAGGCCAAGGCCUCGCCCAAGGCGCUCAAGGCGCCGACGCUCUCGUUGCUGGAGGCAAGAAGGGCGGCAAGGUGAGCAAGACCGUCUUCCAACCUGGUCAAACCGUACUCGGCGCAGGUGCCGCUGCAGGUGCAGGCCACGAACAAGCCUACCCAUACGGAUACUUUGGCGGCAAGCACGGAGCAGCUGGACACGCGGCAGCCGACUCUGGCAUCGUAAUCCAAGGUGGCGCUUACGAAACAAUCACCAUGUCUGACGACGAUUCAGCACAAGACGUCGCUUUCGGUUCCAAGGCCGAUCAAUUGGCCGCAGGACAAGGCUUGGCGCAAGGAGCAGCUGAUUCGGACAUCUACGUCGGAGACAAGGACUACGGCGGCGAUGUGAGCAAGACCAUGUUCGUUCCUGGAUCCAUUGCACUCGGCGCGGGAGCACUCGGAAAGGCAAUGGAACAGGGACAUCCUUAUGGUGGACCCGGACCAUACUACGGAGGCGCGGAAGGUUACGGAGCAGCCAUGCAGGGCAUCGUCAUCGAUGGCGGCUCAUUCAUCACUGAAACUUACGACGAUGGAGCAUCGGACGGAGUCGUAAAGGCUGGCAUGGGAUCCGACAACUUGGCUGCAGGCCAAGGCCUCGCCCAAGGCGCUCAAGGCGCAGACGCUCUCGUUGCUGGAGGCAAGAAGGGCGGCAAGGUGAGCAAGACCGUCUUCCAACCUGGUCAAACCGUACUCGGCGCAGGUGCCGCUGCAGGUGCAGGCCACGAACAAGCCUACCCAUACGGAUACUUUGGCGGCAAGCACGGAGCAGCUGGACACGCGGCAGCCGACUCUGGCAUCGUAAUCCAAGGUGGCGCUUACGAAACCAUCACCAUGUCUGACGACGAUUCAGCACAAGACGUCGCUUUCGGUUCCAAGGCCGAUCAAUUGGCCGCAGGACAAGGCUUGGCGCAAGGA